AUGGCUUCACAAAAUCAGAUGGGCUGCCUAGCAGCAACCCAUCAUCAGAUCCCUCAAACCUCUCCAUUCUCCACGACCUAUUCCAACGCCUCGCUAGACAUGGCGUUCCAAAGCUCUACCUCUCCCAGGGUUGAGCUCGACUGGGAAAUCCUGAACAAUCCAUCCUACCUCGACGAAUACGACUUCAAUCAUGACUUCACUCUCUUUCCAGUUGACGCCCCCAUCAUGGACUACGACACCACGCAGUUCUUCCCAGAACUCGACAACUACCUGUCAACUACAUCAAGCCUAUCAUCCUCAAAGGCUGGCCACCAGUGCGGUUUCUGCUCGGCAGCAUUCGAAAAGAGACACGAACUGAACCGUCAUAUGCUCAAACAUACCAAGCCGUACUCGUGCUCCAUCCCGGGCUGCGAUGCUUCAUUUGCAGAAAAGCGAGGCUGUGAUCGUCACAUGAAAUCCCGCCACAGUCCAUCGGCAAAAUCCAAGGAUGCAGUCAAGUGCCGCUUCUGCAAGUACUCAUCCACCAGGGCGGACGCUGUCCAGAGACAUCUACGGACUCAGCACGGAGUUCAGGUCAGUUUCAAGCUCGGAAAUUCCCCAGCUACGACGUGA